GGAUAACACUAUCGGCCAGCAGCUUAAAUACAAGCUUGGUCCGUCCCUGUCCACACACGGGAUAGCAUUCAGGUGUCUUUAAGGAUUUAUCAUGAAGUUCUUGGCUGUGCUUCUCGCCCUGGUGGCCUUCUCAGGUGUCCAUGGACGCACGCUGCCCCAGGACGAGGCCUGGAGCUCUUUGGAGAGGGCGGUGGGCCGUAUCAGGGAGUACGUCACAGACCGGGUCGAGGAAUUCCAGCAGACCGAGGUGUUCCAGGAGAUAGACCUCAUGACCCAGGACAGCCUGGCCGAGCUGGCCCUCUACAGGGAGAAGCUGGCCAGCGAGGCCGGCCCCUACACCCAGGAGCGGGCGGAGCAGCUCGCCAGCGACCUGCAGGCGCUGGGGCAGAAGCUGCGCACCAACGUGGCGGACGGUGGCGAGCGCGCCGCCGAGUACAGCCAGGAGCUGAGGAGCGUGAUGGAGCAGACCGCCGGCGACAUCAGCUCCACCUUCAGCACCUACGCCCGCAAGAUCCGCAAGAGGGUGCACAAGGACGCAGAGCAGUUCAACAAGAACGUCGCCGCCUACGUCGAGGAGCUCCAGUGGCGCGCCUCGGAUAACGUGCAGAACAUCCAGAACAAGAUGGAGCCCUUCUUGGCCGAGGUGCGCGACAACGCCGCGGAUAAAGUCAGCACGAUCGACCGCCUGCUGAAGCCCGUUACCGAAGACGUGGCCGAAAAGUUCCAGGAGAUCCGCCAGCAGUUCGAUAAAACCACAGAGAAACUGCUCUCCGUCCUGGAGGACAAGGUGGAGGAGUUCAGGGAAUGGUCAGGCGCAUUCGCAUAGACGCAAAACCCGAUGACCAAAGACGCCUCACGCAGCCAAAAUACUUCUGCGUCCGCUGCUUCAUCUGUUUAACAUGAUCUAUCGAUAUGUUGAGGUUUGAAGGAAGUGUUUCAUUCCAUUACAUCAUUAUGAUCAAUGUAUCGUUGGCACCAUCCACGAACAUUUAAAAUUUCUGAAAUCACUGCAUUCAUCUUUUUCAUUGAAGCAUCUGUGGUGAUGCAAUAAAAAUUAUCUCAGUUCA